CACUUGACUCUAACCAUGACGGGGAAACCCAGACUUUACUAUUUCAAUGGAAGAGGGAGAAUGGAAUCUAUUCGCUGGCUGUUAGCAGCGGCUGGUGUUGAGUUCGAAGAAGUAUUUUUGGAAACAAGACAGCAAUAUGAAAAACUAUUGAAUGAUGGAUUCCUGCUCUUCCAGCAAGUGCCCAUGGUUGAAAUUGAUGGGAUGAGGCUCGUGGAAACCCGGGCCAUUCUGAACUACAUUGCUGCAAAGCAUAACCUUUAUGGGAGGGAUAUGAAGGAGAGAGCAAUAAUUGAUAUGUAUGUCGAAGGAACAACUGACCUGAUGGCAAUCAUCAGAGUCCAUUUCAAACUAUCUCCAAAAGAAAAGGAGGAAAAUCUUAAAUUGAUCAUUGAGCGAGCCAUGAAGAGAUACUUCCCAGUUUAUGAGAAGGUUUUGAAAGACCAUGGGCAACCUUUUCUUCUUGGUACCCAGUUCACUUGGGCAGAUGUCCAAUUGAUUGAAGCUAUUUUGAUGACAGAAGAGAAGGAGCCUGGUAUCCUCUCAGAGUUUCCUUUCCUACAGGCCUUUAAAGCAAGGAUGUGUGAAGUUCCUACGAUUAAGACGUUCCUCCAGCCUGGCAGUCAAAGGAAACCUCCACCUGAUGAAAAGUUACUGCAAACAGCAAAUCGAGUUUUCAAUAGGAAGUAAAAACAGAAGAUGUGUUAAAGCCUAUUAGAGAAGUAGUAGUUCUGUACAUCUCUAAAAAUAUCUCUUAGCA